AUGGCAGCGAGCGAGCCGCAACGGAUUGCCUUAAUCGGCGUAGGAACCAUUGGGAUGUCCAUGGCUGCUCUUCACCUGGCGAGGGAAAACACGAUUGUGAGUGUGUUCGACACCAGACCAGAUCUGGAACAAUAUCUCCUGAAGACUUUGCCAAAUUACUUGAGCGAAGAAUUGCCUUCAGCAUCUUCAGUCACCUCUCUAAUCUCCUCGGGUCGGCUGCAUAUCCAUACGUCACUAGAAUCAGCUUGCGCAUCAGCCACCAUCAUCCAGGAACAAGGCCCAGAGAACCUCUCAUUCAAGAAGUCUCUCUGGGCCCAGGUUGAAUCCAUGGCGCCUCCGUCUGCCCAUCUGUGGACCAGCACGUCUGGCAUUGCUGCAUCCGCUCAGCAGAGUGAGAUGCGGGACAAAACCCGCCUUCUCGUGGUGCAUCCUUUCAACCCACCGCAUAUCAUGCCUCUUCUGGAGAUCGUCCCUUCUCCGGAUACUGCGCCGGAGAGAGUGGAGUUUGCUAGGCAGUAUUUCUCCAGGCCUGGAUCGCGACACAGACCGGUUAUAAUCAAGAAGGAAAUCCCUGGCUUUGUGGGUAACCGAUUGGCAUUUGCAUUGCUGAGGGAGGCGUGUUAUCUGGUGCAGGAGGAUGUGGUGACGGCCAAGGAUUUGGAUACGAUCCUAAUGGCGAGUCUCGGUCCGCGGUGGGCAGGGAAUGGCGUGUUUGAGAGCUAUCAACAGGGAGGGGGUGAGGGAGGAAUUAGUGCCUUCUUGGACAAAUUGGGAGGGACCAUGCAAGAGGUAUGGGAUGGGCUGGGGAAGGUCGAUGUGCUGGGGGGCACGGAAACAGGAUGGAAGGAGAAAGUGAUAUCACAGACUGAUGGGGCAUAUGGAACAUUUACGGCUGAGAUGAUCAAGGAGAAGGAAAAGAGACUAGAGGACCUGGUUAGAGUGCAAGAGAAGAAGUAUGACAUUCCGGAGUUAGAGUAG